UCCAACAUGGCGGUAAACGAUGUAUGAAAGGUGCAAAAUGUUUUGAUUUUGAACGAGAAUUGAAAAUUGUUAAAAUUCACCGAAACGCCUGUAAAACACGGAAUGUGCAGUGAGAUCGAAAAUAAUAUCUCUCGAGUGGAUGUUUGGUGAAUAAUCUAUGCGAGUUUUGUUAACGUUAGUGUUAUUUUAUGUGAUUUUUGUGCUAUUUUAUUCUAAUGAUAUCGCAAAUGAUAUGUGACCGAAUGAUUAGCAAGAGAUAUGUCUACUAGUGAUCAAAUUACAUGUCCGGGUGUAUGUGAAACGACUGUAAAAAAUGAAGAAAAGUCUAUUGUUGUUCACGAUGAAGUCUGUGAGAAAAAAGAAGAAAAACCUAAGAGGAAGGUAUCUUUUCCUCAUGAUGAGGAGCUAGUCACUCAAUACUUCGAACCAGCCAACCCUUGGCAUGACGUACCUACAACGACGCGUGCGCAGCUUGCAGGCGAAUACCUCGAAGCUUGCAGGAUUCAUAACACACCUCCCAUCGAUUCAGUACUGCAACAAAUACGGGAACUAUCAGAAAACACGAUUGGUGGUUGUAUUCGAGCUGCUCGUCUUACGCUUGCUGAGUGCUCCCUGCUCGGUCCGGCACCGGUUGAUGCACUGGAGUCGCUGCUAAGCAAAGUUCAAUUUAGAAGAGUCGAAAUUGACCACGUGGAAAUUGAUGAUGAGGGCGCGGAAGCGAUAUUCGAUAUGAUAGAGUAUUAUGAGAGCGCAUCAGCGGUGUGUAUCAGUGGGCCACGGCAAUUCGGUAUUCGUGGAUGGCAGGCUGCUUCUAGAAUGAUUAAGAAGAGCGCAGAAAUAACGGAACUAGAAAUAUCGGAGAGUCCACUAGAAGCCGCCCACGCGCCGGUGUUAGCUCGGUCGUUGAAGCCGCUCGCCUGUCGUGUUAGGUCGCUGUGCUUACAACAGACCAGCCUGGCUGGGGAAUCGCUUUUGUGCUUGGUAAUCGCCUUAAAGUCAAACAACUCAGUACGCGAGCUGCGCCUCGGAGACAACGGCUUGACACAAUAUGAUGCGGUUCAGUUGGGUUCUUUAUUGCGGUACAAUACGAGGCUCCAAUUGCUGGAUCUUUCCAAUAAUCAGAUACAGGACGCAGGUGUGUGUGACAUAGCGAAUGCCUUAGUAGAGCAGUCUGCGCAUACGCCGCCAUCAGCGCCCACAUCCCCACUAUCGCCGCAUCACUGCCCACUGAGUGGAUAUGAAUACCGAGGCCUGGCGUUUCUCGUACUCUGGAACAAUCAGCUGACAAGGAACUGUGCUCAGCAUUUAGCAAGAGUUCUGAACACCUCAAAAUCGCUCUGUGUCUUAAAUGUGGGACGUAAUGCCCUAGGUUCCGAGGGGGUGAAAACCCUAACUAUGAGUGGUGGGGGAGCGCUGGUGUCUUUAGGCCUUCAGGCAGCUAGACUUAGUCUAGAUGCGGCUAAGUGCAUAGCGGAGCUUAUACAGAAUAAUUCCAAAUUACAGAGGUUAGAUCUCCGAGACAAUAGACUGGGCGUGGCCGGACUGCAAGCGAUAUGCAACGCUGUUAAAGAUAACCAGACACUCACACAAAUUGAUUUGGACGAUCCACCGGAAACCCCAAACCCAGCGGUAAACGUCCAAACAUGUACUGAAGCAGCAACAAUGAUGCGUCUGACGAAAGAGAUUCGUGCUAUUUGCCAACGGAAUGAACCAAGCGGAAAGCCAGUACGCAAAAUUAGUCUCACUUGUCAUACUGCGCAUGCGCAUACUACAGCACUAUUGGCUAAGCCAUCAACUAUAGAAGAGCGUCGUGUUCGUCUUCGUUCGCCUGCCCCCUCCCCCGCGCCGUCUCCUUCCCCCUCCCCAUCACCCGCCGGAAGCCCUAUACCCCCGGGACAUGCAAAUUCUAGGUUCUAUGUGACCCGAGUAACACCGGAAAGAGAUUCAUCAACAGAUAGUUCGAGCCCUUCAACACCAACAAAGCCAUCUUAUUGCCCAACGCCUUCUAGAUUUAAAGUUGUACAGGUCGCAGAACCACCGCAGAUUCAAAUCCACCCAGCACAGCCGAGGCGACCAUCUUCUCGGUUCUCAGUAACAAGGAACUACGAUUCAAUGUAUAACCCUUCUCCCGUCCCAUCUCCUUCACCGCCGCCCGCUACUGAAAGUGUACCUGCCAAAAGUGAUAUCAAAGCUAUCAACCCCGAUACAGCUUUAAGAUUUGAUAAACUUGAAACUGUAAAAAAGGAAAUUAAAAAUAAAAGUGAUCAAGAUAGUGUUAAAACAGCAAUUGCAGCUGAAAAAAUAUCUGAAACUAGAGAUAUUGAAUGGAAAACGGUGAAAGAUGCAAAGGGUGAUGUAACAGAUGGUAAAUGCGAUAAGAGAGGUAAUAGUGGUAAAGAGGACAAAAUAUGUAGUGUAAGUAAACAAUGUGUAAAAACGAAAGAACAAGGUGCAGAAAGUGAAUAUGUGAUUGAUAGAGUUCAAGCGCCAACUUCAAUGCAGCUUAUAUCAGAGCCUAGCUAUAAAAAAGAUAUUCUUAGUUCAGAAAUUGUUAUACAAACCGAGGACAAAGAAAAAGAAAAAUGUCAUAUUCAUGACACAAAAAGUCCUUUAAAAGAUAUAUUUGCUCCGAUUGAACCUAAAAUUGAAGGAGGUGAUAAAAAAUCGAAUGAAAUUAUUAAGAAAGACUCCGAAAAAGAAGUAAAGGCUGAUAACAAAAAUGCUAAACGAAUUGAGAGCGUUGUAACAGAAAUCGUUUCUGAAAUAGAACCUCUCCAAUUUACUAUUAAACAAGAUUCUGUGAUACAUGGACCACAAAUGGCUAAAGAAACUCAAUCACGCUGUUUAAUGAGUUCUGGUGAUAAAACUGAGACUGAGGCUCAAACCCCGGAAAUAGUUAAGAUUGCCCUUACGAAUAUUAUUGAUAAUGUGGCCUGGCCUCCGUUACGAACUAAAAGUGAUAAACACAAUCAGGACAGUACAGACUUGAAAGUGACUACUCAAAGUGAUAGUGUUAAAAAUGUUAAAAUUAGUGAUACAGUUAAGUUAGGUGACAUACUCACCGAUAGUUGUAAAGAUAAGGUGGAAGAAUUGUCUCAAGAAACGGUUAGUGGAGAUAAAACAAUUAAAACAGAGACAAAACUAGUUAAAAACAGUGUAGAAGUAACCGAAUCAGAAAAAGUUGACAUAGAUGUCACAGUUGUAGUAAAAAAGGAAUCAAAUACCGAGAAAACCAAAGUACAUAGUGACCAAAUUGUAAAUAUAGAUAAUAAGGUAAAGGGAGACAUAGCCAUUAAACAAAUAGAAGCAAUUACAGCUGAUUUAGGUAGUUUAAUACAAGAAAUGCACGAUCUAACCACAAAAACAAAGAAAAACGAUUUAGUUAUAGAUAAUGUUGUACCUGUUCGCGAUAAUGUAGUUUUAAAGAAGAAUAAAAGUGAAUCGAGUUUGGAUAGCCCAGAUUUAGAAGUGUCUAGACUUAUGAGAAAGCAAGUUAGUGCCUUUUGUGACAGCAGCUCAUCCUUGGAGAUUUCUGGCAGUUCAGUGGAAAGCUUAAAUAUUGAUAGAAUGAAGCCAGUGAUAGUUGAAACCAUAGACGCUAAACGGGAAAAAUUCUCGAAUGAAAGCAGUAUGGAAUCAACAAGUGAAGUUACCCCAGUGAAUCUUAAUGUAUCAAUAAGCUCUAACGAAAGCGUUUCGCCAAUCAUUUUUGGAACUUCCAAGAAAAUCCACGAUUCUCUGUCGAGUUUAGAGGCUAGUGUCAGUUCAAUUGAAUCGGCGAAAGAGAAAAUGAUGGUCACGUCCGCCGAUUCAGGCAUAGAGCAUUCUCUUAAUCCCUCAGAUGUAAGGGAAGACAAUUCUUCUAAUGAAGGAACCCUAACUAACAGUUCAAGCUUGAAAGAUACUGAUAAGAGUUCCCAAGAAACAUUGACAUCGCCAAAACGGACUUCAAGCUUGUUAGAUGUUCCCGCUUUGAAGUCCAAAGGUUUAGAGAGAAUGAGAAAGAUAUCAUGGGUAGCGCCCUCUCCCAGCUUUCAUAUACCUAGACCAGAGCCAGAGAAAGUUGAAAAUAAAUUUCCAACUAAUCUGGAGAAGCUAUUAAGCCUAUUUCAACAUCCAAGCAGCUUGUUCUCACGCACAUCCACAGAAGAUGAUAAAAAGUCGACUUCCAGUACUCCACCUAGAAAAGACUCGUCAUUAACCAGCUCAUUCUGGUCUUGGGCCAGCUCAUCUGACAAAUCCGACAAGGAUGACAAAGAUGCUGACAGUCUAUCGGAAGCAACAGACUCUACUCUAUCCGAAAGAGUUCAAGUAUCAUUCGUUGACGAAUCUUUCUCUAAAAAAUUUGACAAAACGCCGUCAACAGAUACCGAAAAUACACUAAGCGAAUUCCAAUCGUUUCAAGCAGGAGACACUGUUACCGACAUAACCACCGACGAAAAUUUAGUACAAAUCUUAGAUGUAAGUAAAGACGCAGCUUCCAUUGAUAUGCCUGCGUGCAAAACAGAUCUCAUUGUACCCAACGAUUAUGAAAUUGAUGAAAAAUGUGAAAAAACAGAAAAAUUAGUUAAGUUAGAAGAAAAUAUAGAUGUAAGACCUAGAACGUUUGCAUCAGUUCUCAAAUCGACCGGCUCAGAAAAUUCUUUAGAUAAACAAAGCCCUGAGGCGGGUCACCCGGUUGAUAAAUUUCCUACCAAAGUUAUAAGAGGUAUUAAGGAAAAUGUCAGCCCGGAAAAUACAAUAACGUCAAUGUCCACGAAAGCCCUUGUGUACGAAUUAUCUGAACGACAAAUGAAGAAUUCACCAAUAGUGAGCACAAUAUGGGAAAUACAGACGCCAGUUUCAGAGAAAAGUGAACUUAAAUUCGAAGAUCACAAAGCUCAAAGUGAUUUAGCACCGAUCGCCAAUAUAGACGAAACAUGCGAUGUAGCCGCAGAUGAAAGUAUUCAAUUCGCAUACAUAGACGAUGUCAAAGUUGACGAAGACAAUAAAUUUAUUAAAGAACUAGGGUCCGUCGACGUCGCCAAAGAUGCUCUGUCAUACUUAGAAAGUAAAGAUAAAAUAACAAAUCCGGAAUCAUCAUUAGCGCAGGAGUUGAAGGAUGCAGAGAGAAAGGAGUUGGUAGACCUAUCUCCCGAGUUAGUACUUGACGAAGCUGCUGAAAAACCUGAUUAUUCAAUGGAUGUAAAGGGCCGUAAGAGUUCUCCUGUCAUCCCAGAGCGGGCAAAGUUAAAGAAAUCAAAUUCACUUGAAGAUUUAACUAAGCGCCCCGAAAAAGAAAGCCCAAAAUUAAAAUCCAUUGCCUUUAAAGUCCCAGAAAGUACAACACCGAGAGAUAUUCCCGAAAGGCGCACAAAAUUACGUAAUAGGAGCGGUUCAAGUCCAAAAUCUCUACCAGAAAGCUUGAACAAGCCUUGCCCCUUGGCCAAGAUGGAUUCUAUAUUGAGCAAAAAGAAGAAAAAGGUGUCAUCGUUAGGUAAAAUGGCGCGUGACUCUCUUCUAGCUUUAAAUAUGAGCGAAGAUGAAAUUGCAGAGUUCAGAAGAUCUUACAAAUUAACAUCAGUGGAAAGUUUGAGGUCUCUCGAAUCAGUUUCGGAAGAUGCAAAUUCCCAGAGCGGCACGUCUAUGGACUCUAGAUGUAGAGCUUGUCUACGGACGAGUCAAGAAAGUCUUAUGUCACUGGACUCUAUAACAGAGGAUUGUCGUUGUCAAGAAUUUUGCGAACGACGCACUCAUAGAUAAAAUAGGAAAGAUAAAUGUUGGUCUUUCCUUGCACCAAAUUGAAUUUGGUUACAAUAGUCUUUGACUAGAACCGGCAAAAUGAUUUCGAUACAGAAUUGGAAUAAGCCAUCGUGGUUUAAAAAAAUCCUCGAAUCACAUUUUGACAAUUUUAUGACUAGUGUACUAUACGACUGUAUCCUUAAUACUUAUGGGCAGGCGACUUAAAAUAUUUAUGCUAUAUUGGACUUUAGCGCCGUACCAUUAAGUCAUCUUUUCAUUUACAGCCAACGAUCCUGUCCAAAGUGCGAAACUAAGAGGUGGGUGACUGGGUAUUUAUUAUUCAACGAAUAUCCGUAAAUAAUUUAUCAAAUGUUAAAGUUUUUGACAUAUAUUGAUCAUAAUAUGUUAUUAAUUUUAAGAGGUCUGUAACCAUAAUAGGUUUUAAAAACAAAAACAUUGUUGGGGACUCUAAUGAGAAGUGGGACUAUUUUCACAGAUAAAUAUUAUAUGAUACAGUGGUAAGUUCAUAAAUAUAUUUAUAGAUUACUUAUUUAAAAAAUAGUAUGAAUGUUUUUCAUAAAUAUUAUUUUAUUUUAAUGAACUUAAACUAUGAACAUUGUUAGCACGAUUUUCUCUUUUCUUUGAAUUCAUAUGAUUACUGGCAUAAGUAUUCCUCUGUUAAGAUGAGGGGAAUGUUCUGGGAGUAGUGCCACGACUCAUUAUACACAAUUUAACAGCUGCACAGAUUAUACUUUGUAUAAUAUUCUAUGCAGCUGAUAAUGGGUGGCUUGUAUUUGCACAUAUGGCUUUAUAAGUUACUGAAUUUGGAAAUUUUCUGAUAGGAAAAUGUGUUGCAAUUAAAAACAUAACUUUACUCUGUUACUUUCAAAAGAAAUAAAAGUUAUAAUAUCUGUAAAAUGCAAUUUAUUUGUCGUUACAGUUCGUACUGAUAGAAGGUUCAAUUAAAACGAUAAAAUAUUGUUCUUUUUAUAAAUAGAGGUUUUAAAGAAAACACUUUUUUACCGGAUUGAAGCUAUGUAUUAUUGUAAACUCAUAUUUAUUUAACAUAAUUUUUAAUUUAUCAUCAAAUUAUCAUGUUCAAUGAUAAGUAUCACAGCUGUAGAAAAAGUUGUAUUAUCUGUAUUUAUUUCCCCGCAGUUAGUGUCUGCUAAAAGAUGAAGGGUUUCUGCAUACAUCGCUCACGGUGUCCUCCAUUUUCCAAAAAACAAUGCGAAAAUGGAGGACACCUGUAUUUGUAAUUAUAAGUUUACAGUAAUACAUAGCUUCAAUUCGUAAAGUGUUUUCUUUAAAUGUGUAUAAACUAUGUUAAUAAAAGACGAUACUAAAUUAUUAUAUGUGAAUAGCUGAUCUGUCAAACGUCUACCCCAAUUACAGUGCCACAUAAUUUUCUUGGCCGGGAAGAACGUCACUGUCAUUUAUAUUAGUGUUGCCAGUAAAUAAAAAAUAACUAUUUUUAAGGGGAAUAAUUUAAAGUCAUGCAAGCUAACUUAAUAAUUUAUUGAAAUGUCUUAAUAAAACAAUGUAUACUAUGGAAAAAACCGUUCUAGGCAUAAAUAAAUUUAACAACUGAUAUAGGUUUAGUUGCCCGUACUAUUAAUAUUACAUCUUUUAAGAUAAGAAGGUUUUUCAUAUUUUUAUUUGUUUUGUCAUUUUAACAAAUAUUUAAAAUGACUGAAUUAUUGGAGGUGAUGAGGUAAAAGUAAUUAUAUAAAGGUGACAAUACAUUUUCCUAUCGAAAAUCUCUCUGAAGUGUUUUGGAAGAAUAUUUCACUGUUUCUCUAGAGUCUAGAUAUUUAAUAUAUUCCAGUCGUGUUAUAGUUUUUCAACAUUUGCAUACUUUUAUUAAACCGUUUAAAAGCUAUACAUGUCUAGCCUCUACAUAACUAGCCAAAACUGGCCUUGCCACAGAGCAAAAAUUAUGGCUUUCUUUACGUUUUUAAUCUAUAGUCUAUUACUUAAACGGCGUGUUUAAUGUGCUUGAAACUUAUUUAUUAUAUACAAACUGAUUUAUUGGGGACCUUAUUUAAUAAUGGAUGAGGAGGAACAGUGAAUACAGUAUAGGUGUAUUUCCUACAGUCCGCCAUUUUGAAUAUGACACACGUUUCAUUUAAAAUACCUAAUUCAAAAUGGCGGAUUUGUACCAGCAUAAUUAUACGUGAUUUGUUACAUACGGGUUACUGAGAAAGAAUCUAUUUAUAAGUCUGUUAAAGGUACUUUAUCAAUUGUAAAUAAUUAUAAAUAUAUGUACUAUAAUGGAUUUUAUAUGCAAGUAGUUUAACCCAAGUCUACGUAAUGUAAGCUAAUAUAGGAUGUUUUGUCCUUAUCACUUUAGUGUUACUUAAACGGGGCAAAACAUUAUAUGACUUAUAGUGUUACUGUUGCUUUUACAUGUACAAAUAUAUCGUUUCGUCUCUUUCACUCUGUUGUCGUUUUGAUGUAAAAAAAAAACAGACAAAACAUACGCUCAUAGUGAAUAUAUAAUUGGACUGUUGCCACAUUAACUUAGUAGAAGCUUCAAAUAGAUCGUAAAUGUUCCAUCUCCUUCACUCUAGUAUCGUUUUGAAUAUUAAUAAGAGACAAAACUAUUUUACUAUUCAUAGUAUAUAACUCAAAUGUUUUGUCACUUUACUUUUAAAGAGUGAAAGAGAUGGAACAUUUAUUAUGAUUGUUAUGGGUAUUGUGUAAUAUAUAAACGAAAAAUCUAUUCUUGUCAAAUAGUGUAAUAAAAACCCCUACUAUGUAAAGGAAACAUUUAAAUUGCUAUUGCAAUGUGUAACCAGCAUUGGUACUCUGUAACCUCUGGAAGUGGAUUCAAUAUUGUAUUGCGACAAUGAAUACCAAACGUCGAAAUUUUUAGAAGAUACAAAGUACCAUUGCACAUCGACAAAACAGCAGAUGAAAGAUAAUAAUUAAGUAUGAAAGCGACAGGUUUAUGAUUUUCCAACAAAAAUGAAAUGCAACGGGGUAAUUAUUACAUAAAUGGGCUACCAUAUCCAUCUCAUAGAUAUUUAAAUCCAGUUUGAUUUUCGAUUAUUUAUGGUCUAACAACUUGGAAUGCUGAGAAAGAGUAAGAGAUUCCUAUAAGAGGUCUGAAGAUAGAAUUCAGAAACUUGCAAAACGACGUCUUUCGUAUGUCAAAAUCCAAUUACGCAGGGUCAUACUUAACACCAACUCUUUGACGUAUAAGGUUCAGCAACGGUAGCGCUGUCAAACUCUUUUAUUCAGCUGAAAACUCAUGUAAAAGUAUGUUGUGGAUAUGAAAAACCUAUUUAAAUAUUUAAAAUGUAAUUUGUAUAUAUACUGUGAAUUCAUUGAUAGUGUAUUCGUGAAGGUACGAUUCUACCAAUGCGGCGAUGUUGCACAGCGUACGGCACAAUUGUUUGUGUCUGUCGACUCAAGCGAACAAAAACAAUUGUGCGCGCAAUAUGCCAAGUAUUUUUUUUAAUUAUCAAGAAUAUAUUAAUGGAAGCCCGGGCAAGACGCAUGUUAAAUCUUCUCAGUAAACAAGUUGAAACACUACGCUCAGAAGUUACACACAGCAUUGCCGGUACGUAUAGUACGUUCUGCUAUAGUUUUGCACAAAAUGAUUGUACUGUUGGUGCAUGCAAUUUUGGUGGAAUCGUAUCUUAACAAUGAAUUUAAAGUUACUUAAUCACUCACGACACAGAUAGUUAGGUACAGCAAAUUUUAAAGUUGGAAGAAACAAUUUCUCCUAUGACAUUCGCGUUGUCUCUGACUAUUCCAUAGAUAAUUUGUUUAUGAAUUAUAGAAUAAUCUAUGGAAGGUGCUUGAUACCAGUUAAUUUCUGGAAGGUUUUUGUAAUUGCACACUGCAUCAUUGAGAGAUCAGAACUCUUAAAAAAUAUAAAAUACUGAGAAAUGGUUAUUUUAUAGAUGCGCCGAGUGUGAAAUUUAAAGUUCCAAGUAUCUGAAUACAUGUCUUGUUCAUUUCCAAUAUACAUGUAAUAUGACCUCAGGUAUGAGAGUAGCGCACUGAAAGCUAACACUUAUGUUUAUUAAUAAAUGUUAGCCCAAUUUAAAAUAUCGCAAGGUUAUUUAAUAAGCGUAUAAACUCGGCGCAUUUCUAGAAAACGUCUUUUAAAACUUUCCUAUAUCCAAUUAAAUUUUUUCCCGUAAAAUUUAUGGGGAGUAGAAUCAAUUUUUAUUUAAAUGGAAUCAAGCACUCUAGAAUACAUCUUUAAUAAAACGAUUACUUUGCAAAGUCUCCAUUGGUAAUAGAAAUGACAGCUUAAAAUUAUCUCUGUUUUAUUCCAUAGUAUUGUUAUACUUAUCAUGAUCAUGUUUUUGUACAAUUGUACAAAAAUAAAUCAAUACUAAAAUUUUAAUUAUGUACAAUACAAAUAUGUGAGAAAUCGUUUGCUUAAAGACUGUAAUUGUCAAAGACCAAAUGUUAUCAUAAUAAUGUUUAUAAUUGUAUAUAGCUUGUAUAUAAUUGUUUAUGUCAUAAAUUUUGGACUCUGUGGCAAUAAAUAAAUAAAAUGUACAUUUUAAUCUCGUUAAAUGUAGUCAAUACAAAUAAUUUGUUAUUGAAGCCAUAAUAAACAGAAACAUUGAGAUUCGUAGUCUAGUGGUACGAGACGUAUUCAAAUGUCAUUUUGGGGUUUUUACGUAUAAUAAUCGACAUUUAGUUUAUCUAUAAUAGAACUGUUUGUACUUAAAUUAUACUGCCAUGGCUCGCUAAAGAAUAUUCUUUCUGUGCAAAGAUAAUUCCGCCACAAGUUCUACCUUAUAAUGUAACGAGUUCAAUGCAAUUUGAUAUUUAUCUAGAAGUUAUAGCUAUUUUGCGAAGAAGCUAUCGUUUUACAGACAACGAUAACUUUACAUAUAAAAUCUGCCAUCUCGCUUCCUCACGCCAAUUGGUUAUAAACUUAUAGGUUAAGUGGGAGCGGGAUGGCUGCAUUUUAUAAUGACAACACGCGGGUAACGUUAGCUACGAUAUGUCAAAUUUGUCAGCUGACAUUGACAGUGUGUCAAAGCGUCACGUUUUAAUCAUGUUUUUGUAUAAAUUUUUGUAAAUAUAUCGCAUAGGCUUAAAUGUUAAGUCCUUUAUCCACUUUGGGAUUGCGAUUUUUUUUAUUAAACGCAACGCGGGCUUUUUUGUGUGAUACAAUAAUGUAAUUUCGAAUAAAUGUACAUUAAAUAUUUAAAUUUA